AUGGCAUCUGCUGCCAUGGCGACGACACCUGCGCAGCCCAAAAAAAUAGUGGCUCCCACCGUGUCCCAAAUUAACGCGGAGUUCGUCACCCAGUUGGCAUGCAAAUACUGGGCUCCUCACAUCAAGAAAAAAUCACCUUUUGAUAUAAAAGUUAUUGAAGAUAUAUAUGAGAAAGAAAUUGUCAAAUCAAGGUUUGCCAUCAGAAAGAUAAUGCUUCUGGAAUUUAGCCAGUACCUUGAAAAUUACCUCUGGAUGAAUUAUUCUCCAGAGGUGUCCAGCAAGGCCUAUUUAAUGUCAAUCUGCUGUAUGGUGAAUGAGAAGUUCAGAGAAAAUGUCCCUGCAUGGGAGACUUUUAAGAAGAAACCAGACCACUUCCCGUUCUUUUUUAAGUGCAUCUUGAAAGCUGCACUAGCUGAAACUGAUGGAGAAUUUUCACUUCAUGAACAGACAGUCUUGCUCCUUUUUCUUGAUCAUUGCUUCAAUAGUUUGGAAGUAGAUUUGAUCCGGAGUCAAGUACAGCAGCUUAUCUCUCUUCCUAUGUGGAUGGGUUUGCAACCUGCACGAUUGGAAUUAGAGUUGAAAAAGACACCCAAGCUAAAAAAAUUCUGGAACUUAAUUAAAAAGAAUGAUGAAAAGAUGGACCCAGAAGCAAGAGAACAGGCUUUUCAAGAAAGAAGAUUUCUGUCACAACUUAUCCAGAAGUUUAUCUCUGUGCUGAAAUCAGUCCCACUGUCUGACCCUGUCACUAUGGAUAAAGUUCAUUACUGUGAAAGAUUCAUUGAACUUAUGAUUGAUCUAGAGGCCCUACUUCCCACACGGCGCUGGUUUAAUACUAUCCUGGAUGAUUCCCACCUUUUGGUUCACUGUUACCUUUCUAAUCUUGUUCAUAGGCAAGAGGAUGGUCAUCUUUUCUCCCAGCUUUUGGACAUGCUGAAGUUCUAUACUGGCUUUGAAAUCAAUGAUCAGACUGGAAAUGCUCUGACAGAAAAUGAAAUGACCACAAUUCACUAUGAUAGAAUCACUUCUCUACAGAGAGCGGCUUUUGCACAUUUUCCUGAACUCUAUGAUUUUGCUCUUGCGAAUGUGGCCCAAGUAGAUACUCGAGAAUCCUUGGUCAAAUGUUUUGGACCUCUUAGUUCAAAUACACUCCACCAGGUGGCAUCAUACCUCUGCUUGUUGCCACCCCUUCCUAAAGAUGAAGACACAGCUUUGGAGAAAGAAUUUCUUCUAGAAUUACUAGUGUCUCGUCAUGAACGGCGAAUUUCUCAGAUUCAGCAACUAAACCAGAUGCCUUUGUAUCCAACAGAAAAAAUUAUAUGGGAUGAAAAUAUUGUCCCAACUGAGUACUAUUCGGGGGAAGGUUGUCUAGCUCUUCCCAAGUUGAAUUUGCAGUUUCUGACUCUUCAUGACUAUCUACUUAGGAACUUUAAUCUCUUCCGCUUAGAAUCAACUUACGAAAUUAGGCAGGACAUUGAAGACAGUGUCAGCCGAAUGAAGCCUUGGCAAUCUGAGUACGGCGGUGUGGUGUUUGGUGGUUGGGCACGAAUGGCCCAGCCUAUUGUGGCUUUCACCAUAGUUGAAGUUGCCAAACCCAACAUAGGCGAAAACUGGCCAACCCGAGUUCGUGCUGAUGUUACCAUCAAUCUGAAUGUCAGAGAUCACAUCAAAGAUGAGUGGGAAGGUCUUCGUAAGCAUGAUGUGUGCUUUUUAGUUACCGUGCGUCCUACAAAACCUUACGGCACUAAGUUUGACCGGAGCAGACAUUUUAUCGAGCAGAUUGGCCUGGUUUAUGUCAGAGGCUGUGAAAUUCAGGGCAUGCUGGAUGAUAAAGGACGUGUCAUUGAAGAUGGACCAGAACCCAGACCCAAUCUUAGAGGAGAAUCAAGGACAUUUAGAGUAUUUUUGGAUCCAAACCAGUAUCAGCAGGAUCUGACCAAUACUAUACAAAAUGGAGCAGAAGAUGUUUAUGAAACUUUCAAUAUAAUAAUGAGGAGGAAACCAAAGGAAAAUAACUUUAAGGCUGUACUGGAAACUAUUCGGAACCUGAUGAAUACUGAUUGUGUGGUACCUGACUGGCUGCAUGACAUCAUUUUAGGUUACGGUGAUCCAAGCAGUGCACAUUAUUCAAAAAUGCCCAAUCAGAUUGCCACCCUUGAUUUCAAUGAUACAUUUCUCUCCAUUGAACAUUUAAAAGCCAGCUUUCCUGGUCACAAUGUUAAAGUAACUGUGGAUGACCCAGAACUGCAGAUACCCCCUUUCAGGAUAACUUUCCCAGUAAGAAGUGGAAAAGGGAAAAAAAGGAAAUUUGCAGAUGGCGAAGAUGAAGACACUGAAGAGACUAAAACCUUAAUUGUUGAACCUCAUGUGAUUCCUAACAGGGGACCUUAUCCUUAUAACCAACCCAAACGUAAUACAAUUCAGUUUACUCAUACACAAAUAGAGGCUAUCCGUGCUGGUAUGCAGCCUGGGCUGACUAUGGUGGUGGGCCCACCUGGUACAGGAAAAACUGAUGUAGCAGUUCAAAUCAUAUCUAACAUCUACCACAAUUUUCCAGAGCAGAGGACAUUAAUUGUUACACAUUCCAAUCAGGCCCUUAACCAGUUGUUUGAGAAAAUCAUGGCUUUAGACAUUGAUGAGCGUCACCUACUGCGUCUUGGUCACGGAGAGGAAGAACUGGAGACUGAGAAAGAUUUCAGCAGGUAUGGACGAGUUAAUUAUGUGUUGGCUCGAAGAAUAGAACUUUUAGAAGAGGUAAAACGAUUGCAGAAGAGUCUAGGAGUUCCGGGAGAUGCCUCUUAUACGUGUGAGACCGCAGGCUAUUUCUUUUUAUAUCAGGUAAUGUCUCGCUGGGAAGAAUAUAUCAGCAGAGUGAAAAAUAAAGGCAGUACAUUGCCAGAUGUUGCGGAAAUCUCCACUUUAUUCCCUUUUCAUGAAUACUUUGCAAAUGCCCCUCAGCCCAUUUUUAAAGGAAGAUCUUAUGAAGAAGACAUGGACAUUGCUGAAGGAUGUUUCAGGCAUAUUAAGAAAAUUUUCACUCAGCUUGAGGAAUUCAGAGCCUCUGAACUGCUUCAAAGUGGACUGGACAGAUCUAAAUACCUUUUGGUGAAAGAAGCCAAAAUCAUUGCUAUGACCUGUACUCAUGCUGCCUUAAAACGACAUGACUUGGUCAAGUUAGGUUUCAAGUAUGACAACAUUUUAAUGGAGGAGGCAGCUCAGAUUCUAGAGAUAGAAACUUUCAUACCUCUUCUUCUACAGAAUCCUCAGGAUGGAUUUAGUCGACUGAAACGAUGGAUUAUGAUUGGGGAUCAUCAUCAGUUACCUCCAGUCAUUAAGAACAUGGCUUUUCAGAAAUACUCGAACAUGGAACAGUCUCUCUUUACUCGUUUUGUUCGUGUUGGGGUUCCUACUGUGGACCUAGAUGCCCAAGGGAGAGCCAGAGCAAGCUUGUGCAACCUCUACAACUGGCGAUACAAGAAUCUCGGAAACCUGCCUCAUGUGCAGCUUUUGCCAGAGUUUAGCACAGCAAAUGCUGGAUUGCUCUAUGACUUCCAGCUCAUCAAUGUGGAAGAUUUCCAGGGAGUUGGAGAAUCUGAACCUAAUCCAUACUUUUAUCAGAAUCUUGGAGAAGCAGAAUAUGUAGUGGCACUUUUUAUGUACAUGUGUCUACUUGGUUAUCCUGCUGAUAAGAUCAGUAUUCUGACGACAUAUAAUGGGCAAAAACAUCUUAUUCGUGAUAUCAUCAACAGACGAUGUGGGAGCAAUCCACUGAUUGGAAGACCAAAUAAGGUGACAACUGUUGACAGAUUCCAGGGUCAGCAGAAUGAUUAUAUUCUUCUUUCUCUAGUUCGAACCAGAGCAGUGGGCCACCUGAGGGAUGUGCGUCGCUUAGUGGUCGCCAUGUCACGAGCCAGACUUGGACUUUAUAUCUUUGCCAGAGUGUCCCUCUUCCAAAACUGCUUUGAACUAACUCCAGCUUUCAGCCAGCUCACAGCUCGCCCACUGCAGUUACAUAUCAUUCCAACAGAGCCUUUCCCAACCACGAGAAAGAAUGGAGAAAGACCGCCUCAUGAAGUCCAGAUAAUAAAGAACAUGCCUCAGAUGGCAAAUUUUGUGUACAAUAUGUACAUGCAUUUAAUACAAACAACACAUCAUUAUCAUCAGACUUUCUUGCAACUACCUCCUGCUAUGGUAGAAGAAGGUGAGGAAGUUCGAAGUCAGGAAAUAGAAAUAGAGACUGAAGAAGAGACCACAUCUGUUCAAACUGACAUCCUACCCAGUUCAGCAGAUGCUGAAACUUCAGCCUCAGACUGAGACCAC